AUGUCUGCUCAAUCACGUUCAUCUUCCACAGUUGAAUCAAACAGCAACACUCCCACCGAUCGGUGCACUCAUACCUUGUUCUCGGAGAAAGGCUUACCAAUCUCUUCAUCUCCCUUUCUUCUCUUUCGCUACAACACCAAUUCUGCAAAAUGGGAAAUGAACGAACAAGCCAAAACUGUGCUGUCAAACGCCACCACAUCAAAGUGUAUUCUUCAUGUCGUUUCUGUGGUUGGUGCCUAUCGUCUUGGAAAGAGUUAUCUCAUGAAUCGUCUCCUCCAUCACGAAUGCACUCCGCAAAACAAAGGUUUCGAAUUGGGACACUCCAUUCAUUCACAUACAAAAGGAGUUUGGGCUUGGGGAGAACGAUCCCAUCAAGAUGAGAGACAUAUUUUACUUUGUUUAGACACAGAAGGUUUAUUAGAUGCCAAUCGAGAAGAUGGUAACGAUGAGGACGAUGAUGAUGAUUCAGGAUCAAAGUUUGACACAAGUUUGUUUUGUUUAAUGACCAUGUUGUCGAGUACUUUGAUUUUCAACUUUUCCACACGGAUCACCAGUGAUGAUGUGAGACAAAUUUCGUUUGCUGCUCAUUUCUCGACCUUGCUAUUCACUGAUAAAAGAAAACAGCUCGAGUUGAAGGAAAAAAAGAAACAUGUAAAGAAAGAUCAAAAUGAAGAACAAGAGGAGGGCUAUGAUGAGGAAGAAAUUGUGAAUUAUACACCUCGAUUGAUUUGGCUGAUUCGUGACAUGACUUUAGCACUGAAUGGAACGGAGAAGGAUUAUUUGGAUAGUGUUUUGCAAGAAAAUACAAAAACCAAGAAAAAUAGAGAAAAGGAAACGAACAAGACUAAAACAGCCAUCAAGAAGUUUUUCAAGAACAAGAUGGAACUCUUGACCAUUCCACCACCAACAGCGGAUCCAGAGAUUAUGAAAAAAAUUGAAUACAUUCCUCACAAGGACACUUCAAAACUCUCUGCCCUCUUUGUCGAAAAGAUGGAAUUAAUGGUGAACAAGAUUCGUUCAGAAGUCUCUCCCAAGAAAAUUCUUUCUCCAUUCCACAACACGGAAAUGUUUCUCACUCCACCUCUUCUCUAUCAUUAUUGUUCCAAACUUCUCAAUGAUUUGAAUGAAAAUAGUGAUAAGAUUGAUCUACCCAAUGCCUUUGAAUAUGUAUUAAAUCAACAAGUAGAAUAUUUCAUGUUGAAUGCUGAACGAGAGUAUGAGCAGACUAUGAAAGAAGGGUGUGAGCAGAAAUUUCCAAUGGAAGAGUUUGAGUUGUUAGAGAUGCAUACGAAAGUAUUUAACAAACUAUGUCAGGAAUCGAGAGAGGAAAUUCCUUCAUGUAAACAAAAGGAGGUCAUUCAUCGAUUGUUUUCCAAAUUAGGUUAUAUUCAGAGUAGCAGUCGUGAUGUGAAUCACGAAACAGCAAAUUCAGAUCUGAAAUCAAACGUAUCUCCAAGCAUGAUUAACUAUGACUCUCCUCUUAUUAGAAAUACCAAAUUGGAAACUCUCAUCAUGCGAAAUAGAGAUGCCUCUCAUGAAUGGUGUGAAAAAAUCUAUGAAGAAUGUCUUUCUCAACUUCGUGAGUCUUUAUCUAAUUGCGAAAAUAUUCAAUCAUUCAUGGACUUGUCAAAAAGAAUGCAACAAAUAUUACUUCAAAAGUGUGUUGGACCUGCACGUGCGAAUUGCCUUUCAACCUUCUCGAAAGAACUUGUCGCUUUAAGAGAGUUGGUGUAUCAUCAUUUGAAAAUCAAGGAAUCAGAAAGGCAAAUUAUUGAAUUGCGGGAACACACAAUGAAACUCGAACAGGAAAAAGCCAUUCAUGAAGAAGAGUUUAAACAUGAGAAACAAGUCAUUCUCGAGGCAAUGAAGAGUUUGGAACGUCAACAGGAAAUGUUGAGAGAGCAAAUGGAGCAAGAGAGACGUCUUCAUUCUCAAGAGUUGCAAAAUUUGAGAAGCGAGUUGAAUUCAAAGGCCAGUUCUUCUUCUGCCAUUCCAUCGAGUCAUCUCGUCAUUAACAAGUAUUAUUAUGAUGACGAUGACGAUGACUAUUUCUAUGGAAGUUCCUCGAGACGAUCGAGUAAAAGCAGUAGCUCGAGCAGCAACUCUGGUAAAAAGUUCUACAAAGGAGGACAAUUCUUGCCAGGUGGAGGAAGGGCUCCAAAAGGUGGAAUUUGGAUGUAA